CACCCACUUGCGUUGCCAUCACGGCCACUCUUCGCUUCACCCAGCAUCCAGAAGGAGUUUAAUCCGACUUGGGCAAGUGAAAACUGAAAGUGGCAUUCCCGAUAUGGUUCUCCAGAGGAUUUUCCGUGCAGUCAUCAUUGGACCCCCGGGCUCCGGAAAAGGGACGGUGUCUGGGCGGAUAAGCAAAAGUUUUGGACUCAAACACAUCUCCAGUGGGGAUAUUCUGAGGGCCAACAUCAACGCUAAAACUGAGUUGGGACUGCUGCUUAAGUCGAGUAUCGAUCGAGGUCAGCUGGUGCCCGAUCACGUCAUGUCUCGCCUCAUCCUCACAGACCUGCGAGCGAUAGAGCAGAGCAGCUGGCUGCUCGACGGUUUCCCUCGAACCGUCACCCAAGCAGACUCUCUGGAUCAAGUCUACAGUGUGGACACAGUCAUCAACCUCAAUGUUCCUUUCCACACCAUUAAAGAGAGACUGACCUCUCGCUGGACUCAUCUUCCCAGCGGCAGAGUGUACAACAUUGAUUUCAACCCACCUAAAGUGCCUGGUCGCGAUGAUGUCACAGGGGAGCCUCUGGUCCAGAGGGACGAUGACACACCAGAUACGGUCACGAGGAGACUGAAAGCCUACGAAACCCAGACGGAGCCCGUCUUAGAAUACUACAGGAGUAAAGGUGUGCUUGAGACCUUCUCCGGCACAGAAACUAACAAGAUCUGGCCCCACGUUGAGACCUUCCUUCACAAAAAACUCUCUGUGCUCAAUCAUAGUGUUGCAUAGCAGAAGAGAAGACUGCCUUGUAAAAUUUACCAGCUAAAUUGUCUUUACUAAUACACGGACCAUCCAGGACCCGUGCCAACCAUGGGACUUUUUAGAGCGGUUGAAAUUUUGCUCUCAUCAUUCCACAUUGUGCCUGAGACCAAUAGAAACACAACAGGUGUUUUUGUUUUCUAAAAUUCAUCCGAUUCAGACGACACUCCUAGAUGAUAGUACCAUAGGGUCCACAUAAAGCUUCCUAAAAUAAACCAAAAUAGUUUGAUGUAUAUUUUGGCAUUAGGACUGUUUCUCUUGUAGUAUUAUGACUAUUCAAAAGGGAAUGUGCAAUGGUCGACCAUAGUGAUCUAAUAAAUUCAUUUUCACUCCA